AUGGCACCACUUCAACACUUCAGCUUAUAUCAUCCAUCUAUGUUGCGUGUCAGAAUAUUAGCGGCAUGUUUAUUGCUGUUUGUGAGUGUGAGAUUCCAUAUCUCUGGUAUUUUUGCUUGUGCUGUUAGUUUCAGUUCACAACUGGUUACACAAAGACAUGUUAUGUUGUUAUUCAAGGUGGUAAUCGCGAUAAAAAGCAAGACAAAUAUUCAUCAACAAGUGACAUCAGCUUCAAGCUUCUUCAUUCUCACAUUCUUCAUAUCAAUUUAUAUUCUUACCCGAAUUCAGUGCGAAUUUUGA